AUGAACUCAUCCCAUAUUCGAGUAAUAUUACUCUUAGGUGCCAUUAAUCUCUUGGUUUCAAUAUCAACAACCAAAGCGAUAACUCUGAGUCGUGUAUUCCAAAUCUGUAGGAAUUUGUGUCCGGGAUGUGACCACGAAUCCUUACAGUUCUUGUUCCGACACAACUUGGUCCGUGCCACAAGAUUCGAACCUCCAUUGAUAUGGGACCGCAGACUCCAGAACUACGCUCAAUGGUGGGCCGGUCAAAGAAGUUCAGAUUGUGCUUUGAGACACUCUACCCCAAACGGAAGGUCUGGUUUCGGCGAGAACAUCUAUUGGGGAUACGGUGCCAACUUCUCUCCGGCAGACGCGGUGGUUGCGUGGGCGAGCGAGAAGAGGUUUUAUCAUUACGGCUCUAACUCGUGCGACAGGGGCCAGAUGUGUGGGCAUUACACACAGAUCAUCUGGAAAAACACGAGGAGAGUCGGAUGCGCACGUGUGGUAUGCAACAAUGGUGGAAUCUUCAUGACUUGUAACUAUGAUCCUCCUGGUAACUACAUCGGCCAGAGACCCUAUUGA